AUGCAUAGCAUGAGAUCAGGUUCCAGGCUGCAGCUUCUGGAGGGACUAAUUCUUGUUGUUGCAGUUCUUCAUCUGUUGAUUGUGGCGGCAGUCUCUGCCAGAGGUGAUACGAUGGAAUCUCAGUCUUUUUAUAGUUUCAUCAGAGCUGUUGAUCCUCAAAAUGUGCUCAAAAUUAACUGGAAUGGGCUGCUGCCUCAUCCCUGCUCACAUAAGUUGAAGGGUCCUGUGAAGUGCAAUGUGCAGACCGGUGCCAUAACAGAAAUAAGACUUGAAAGAUUGAGCCUGAGUGGGAGAAUUAAUGGAAAGUCUCUCUGCAAGCUUCAGAAUCUACAAGUUCUCAGCUUAGCAAACAAUUUUGUUCAUGGAAGUAUUCCUGAUUCGAUCUCAAACUGUGCCGCGCUGACAUAUCUAAACCUCAGCAGCAAUCUUUUGAGUGGAAGGAUUCCUUCUGCUCUAAGAAAGAUGAAAAAUCUGAGGACCUUGGACAUCUCUACCAAUUUUUUUACAACUCCUAAUUUUCGAAAAUAUGUCAUGAACUUCGAUGCAUUUGCUGCAGAAGCAAGUGCUUCUCAGCCAACAGGAUCAAAUAUUAGCUCUUCUCUUGACAAAGGAAAGCAAAUUUGGGUGCCAACUUUACCACUUAUAAUUGGAAUUUGUUUCUGCAUAUUGUUCACAUACUUUAUGGGGAAGAAAUCUACAAAAUUAGCUAGAGAAAAGGAGAUACUUAAGGCCCUUAAGGAUUCUCCUUCCAGGACACCUCCUGUGAUGUUCACAGAGGAAGUGAAGCCAGAAGAAAAGCGCUCAGAGCUCGUGUUCUUUGUUGAGGAGAAUGAAAAGUUCAAAUUGGAGGAUCUGCUUGAAGCCACAGCUGAUUUGAGAAGCCAGAGCAUCACAAGCAGCCUUUAUAAGGUAAAACUUAAGAACAAUGUGGUUUAUGCUGUCAAAAGAUUGAAGAAAUUGCAGGUUUCCUUCGAGGAAUUCUGUCAAACAAUGAGGCAAAUGGGGAACUUGAGACAUCCAAACAUCUUGCCUCUUGUUGGCUUCAAUUCCACUGAUGAAGAAAAGCUUCUAAUCUACAAGUAUCAAAGCAAUGGCAGCCUACUGAACCUCAUGGGGAAUUACAUAGAGGGCAAGAGGGAUUUUCCAUGGAAGCUUCGGCUAUCAAUAGCGAGAGGCAUUGCAAAGGGCUUGGACUUCAUAUAUCAAAGGUCUCAUUUCCAGGAAGCCAUCCCACAUGGGAAUCUGAAGCUUUCAAACAUCCUGCUAGAUGAAAAUGAGGAUCCAUUGAUAAGUGAAUAUGGCCUGUCAAAAUUUAUAGACUUGAAGAGGACAUACUUGUUUCCAUCAAAUGCCUACAUGGCCCCUGAGAAAACCCCAUCCGAACAAGGUGAUGUGUUCAGCUUUGGCAUAAUUCUUCUAGAGUUGCUUACAGGAAAAACUGUGGAAAAGAGUGGAUUAGACCUGCCCAAAUGGGUUAGGGCCAUGGUUAGAGAGGAAUGGACGGGCGAAGUCUUUGACAAAGAGGUGAGCAAAUCUGGGAAGCAGUAUGCAUUUCCUCUGCUGAAUGUUGCCCUCAAAUGUGUAUCAAAUUCUCCCGAUGAUCGGCCAACCGUUGCAGAGGUCCUGGAAAGGAUUUCAGAGGUUGUGAAAGCAAAUGAAGACCAUCAUCAUGAACAAGAACAAGAGCAUGAACUUUCAAUUUCAUCUUUUUCUUCAUUGGAUUCUAAUCAUCAGGAUUUACUUCACACUGUGAUUCCUGAAACCUGUGAUAGUCCAGGAUCAAAUUAG